AUGGCACCUAUCACUCUUUUUCUCUUCGAAGAAAUGGCAAGCUCCAGCUUCCGCCUCGAAAGCAAAACGUAUACUGAAAUGGAAGAAAAAGGUUUUACAAUCGAAACAGUUCUUCAAACUCUCAGGCUUACGAAAGAAUCCAACAAAUGUAACUUCUUUCUACUCGGCGGGUUGAACAGGAAAGCAGUCACAUUCGUCGAUAACCCGCAUAUGCUCGCCUGCUACGAUCGUUACAAUGAUCAGUCGGUGAUUACAAUUAUUGUUCGUUAUAAAAGCGACCCAUCACCUUAUGACGCCCAAGCGCCUAGCGCAAUGGAGUCGCUUCAUGAAAGACGAGCCCAAAGUAAAAUAGAUGAGCUACAAAACCCGGUUCUGAAUCCAGAGCCCUUCCUCGAGCUACUUGAGGUCCAUGGCACAUUUCUUGUAUACAGGAAUUUGCAAAACGAAAAGAUCGAUCGGAAAGCGUACCUCAAAAUAUUAUUUGAUGCACAUCCGUAUCUUGAGGAUAAAGCUCGACUCUUUAUCAAAAACCUGGGGGAAAGCUGCAACGACUCAAGGGCCAAUCUGAGGUCGACCAAGUUCCCAUAUUUUCUUGGAGGGCAUUACUUCUCUAGUGAGGAAGUCGCCGAUAUCCUAGGGAUACCGCUUUUCCUGGUACUUUGA